AUGCGGCUGUAUGGCGGCGAGGUGCGCGGGGGAGGGGGGCACGCCGGGCGGCGCGGGCGGCAGCAGCGUCUGCGCCAGGCCCUCGAACCUACCGCCCGCCUCGAAACCGUUAGGGAUCAUGAUGGUGGGUCGCAGUGGUUGUAUGGAGGGCUGCACGGCGGUGGGGUAGUACGGGUAGUACUGUACGGGGUACCCGAUGUAGCCGGGGUACCCCGCCGCCGCCGCGUACAUUGCCGCCGCCGGACUGUACAUCGGCAGCUGCUGACUGAGCGCAGGUAUAGCCUGGUGGUGCUGCAGUUGUUCAUACGGCGGCGGCGCGUACACUCCGCCGGCGCCCGCUCCCGCGCCGCCAAACGUCACGCCGUAUGGAGAUCCGCCCGCCACUCCAUAUUGUGGCGCGGCCUGAUGCGGCGGUGCCGGCAGGAAGGGCCCCUGAGGGGGCUGCGGUUGAGGAUACGCGCCCAGCGGCGGGGUCACUUUUUUGUCAGCCAUUUAUGUAUUUACUAUGUAAAUAUUGGUUAA